CGCUCCUCCAUAGAUCGGCUUGCCCCCUUGUACCUUAAAAGCUGCACCAUGCAUUUCUUCUGCACCUCCUGGCUAUUAUAGUUAGAGCAGGAUCCAAAGGCCCCCCCCCCCCCCCCUCCCUUCCCCAGCUGACCUGGGUUUGGACUUCGGACCGUGUGUCAUGCAGCGAGACCUGAAGCCGUCCCCGGUUCCGUUGCAGGACCGCAUGGUUCAUUUGUAACUGGAUCUACUGUUUUUUGGGAGGGAGAAGAGGGCAUGUUCUUGAGAACACUUGCAAAGAGGAGAAGAAAGUAGAAAGACGUGGGUGAGCAGCAGCGACAGAAGGACGUAGCCUAGAGAUAUUAUUAGAGAGAGAGUGCAACUUACUUGUAGAUGUUUGAUCAGGCCACGACUAUGGGCGAUGGGAGCCACCGCUGUGGACCCAACCCGCUGUGUCCGGACCGGAUGGAGACAGUAUGCCGCGCCGAGAUAGGGAGCCGGUCCCCGGUUCAGAGUUCCACCGACACCCCGGGGACAGCAGCGUCUACCCCGACGUCCUCCAGUGAAGACGGACACGACAAACUUUUGGGAGUGGACCCUGACUAUUGUCGGAGGAUUUUAGUAAGGGACGCCAAAGGCACCAUCCGCGAGAUCGUCCUGCCGAAGGGCCUCGACCUAGACCGACCCAAGCGCACGCGGACCUCCUUCACGGCCGAGCAGCUGUACCGGCUCGAGCUCGAGUUCCAGCGGUGCCAGUACGUCGUGGGCCGCGAGCGCACCGAGCUCGCGAGGCAGCUCAAUCUUUCCGAAACACAGGUCAAGGUCUGGUUCCAAAAUCGACGGACCAAACAGAAGAAGGACACCACCAAGGAUUCAGACAAACGCUCCUCCUCCUCAAACGAGUCGUUGGCUACCUGCAACAUCUUGCGCCUCCUGGAGCAGGGCCGCCUCCUAUCGGGCCCCGUCCCGCCACCUAACGCCCUCCUGGGACCCCGACAUCCAUCAAACGGCUCCCUGUUGGGCAGCCCAGGCGGAGGCUCUUCCACCUCUCCGGGGAUCAGCAGCAGCACUCCUCCCAAUUCCCUACCAGGGGGGACAUUUGGGAUCUCACUGCCCUCUCUGGGUGGCACCUCACCGCGGUUGGGCGUCCCACCGCCGCACUCCCUCUGCUUCUCCAUGCCGCUGCUGGGGGGCGCUCAUCAUGAACUGACAUCCGCCUACGGCUGCGGUUCAUCAGCUUUUGAGCCGUACAUGCGGCUGGACAGGAAGGAGGCAGAUCUGGGAGGGAAGAAGACAGUUUCUUAAGUUAUCUGUCUUAAGUUAGGACACCAGGGUACAAGAACUUGUCUUUGUAAAAGCGAUUCCGCUCAGUCUGCAGCCUGUUUGACACUUGAGCUUCAGCAGAUGGGAACGAAAGCAACCUGGAUCAUGAGAAACAGGAAGAGACCAAGUUGAGCAGAGCGCCAUUUUGAGCCACAGCACUGUGGGACACACUGACACAGAAAAGGACGUGAUGUGAUGGAGGCUCUCCCACAUAAAAAAAAAACUUGUGAAUUUUUACAAAAAUACUGUGUGUGUGUGUGUGUGUGUG